AUGUUUCUUGGAUUUUUGUGGGAUUUCUUCGCUUGCCGACGCUUCGGUGGCGAUUGCAUGAUGGAGUUUCCCUCAACUCCCCCGAUCGAAGAAGAAAAGUCUGUGAAAACUGUGAAGGUGAAGGUGCAACUCCCUCCACCGCCGCCCCUGACCUUUGAAAUAAUCCGCAAUCCCUGGGCUACCGAACAGGUGGAAUGCUUCUUCGAUGAUGAUGGCUUCGAUGAUCCCCGACUGCCGGAACUCAUCAUUUGAUUCAAACCGAACCAAACCAAACCAUUCCGCUUCGUUUGGUUUAAUUAAAACUCCUUUUUUGCCAUAAUCCAAUUACUGCCAAAGGCAAAAACUAAAUGACAACAAAUGGCAUAAUGGCCAGACAACAAAUAUAAAAACCUGAACAACAAAACUCAA